CUCUCUCUCUCUCUCUCCAUUCCCCGACCGAUUCCGACGAAACCCUAAACCCGACUCUCUCUCUCUCUCUCUCUCUCUCGCGACGAGGACAAAGAGGAGGUGGUGUAGUUGCGACGAGAUCUAGGGUUAGGGUUUCCCCUUUCUCAGGUGCUCAUUUGGUUCGGGUCCGAACUCCGAGCCGCGCUCGGCCCACUCUCGCGAGGAGGACGACACAAGAUCGAGGAGUUGGUGGCGAUAUCUAGGGUUGUCUCUUUCGCUCUCCUGGUGGGGACCGGAGCUCUAGGUUUUGGAUCCACUCAUCCAGUUGUUCUUCUUGUGCUGGAAAAAACCUAGAGUUUUGUCCCAUUAAGUGAAAUUUGCCAAUUAUGGGGCCUUCCCAAGCCCUAGAGGGCACAGAAGAAGAAAGAAAACCCAAUUUAAUUAUCAAAUCUGAACUAGAGGAGGGGAUUAAGGAUUUUGUUGAUCCCAAAGAUGCGGCGGGAUUGGUUUGCAUGGAUAGCUAUGCGGACAGUUCGGUUCACGUAGAAGCCUUUGCGGAUCGGAGGAAGGAAGAUGCAUUUAUGGAUCAAGAAGUUGAUAUUCUUGAAUGCGGGAAAGAAAAUGCUGUUGAGCCAGUGAAAGAUGAAGAUCCCAACGCCACCGAAUACUCGAGCUCAUUUGGAGAUAGUUUCUCAGAGUCGGAUAGUGAGUUGAAGCCGCAUGGGAGUGAUGGAGAAGCUGAAUCUCUCUAUAGUGCACCAAAAGGGGAUGCUGCUGUUUUGAAUGGGACUGGCAUUUUCAAGAAGAAAAAGCUGACUCCUCAUUGGAAAGCAUACAUCAGACCGCACCAGUGGCAGAUCGAGAAGGUGCUGUUGUAUAUUCAUGAAUGUAGUUCUCAAGCGCAAAAGUAUGAUAGGGAGGUUGCUUUAUUGGAGCAUGAAAAGGAACUGCACUCGAAAAUGAUUGAAUUGGAUGGAUCUGUUUCAAGAUCUGUGCCUUUAACUUGUCAAAGUAAUAGAAGAAAUGCCAUGAAGAGGAGAAAAAGAAAGAGAUACGAGGAUAUAGUUGAUGCAUCGUCGUAUAUGUCGAACCAUGUUUUUUUCUCUUAUUAUGAAAAUAAGAGAGCUGAGACAGAUGGUCAUUCAAUUGACGACGAUAAUGGUGAUCUAGUGGAUCAGAACAUGAAAGGCAAUGAAGAUACCCACUGGUUAUUCGGAUCCAAGGGAGUUAAUGAUUCAUUAGAGGAAAUCCUCUUAACCAUCGAAUCGGUUCAAUCCAGAGUUCUCAAUCUAAGGUCUCAUCUCUCUAAAGCUACAAGCAAAACGGUUAAAGAAACAUCCUUGGUGGGGAAUUUUGCUAACGCCCAGACCAACUGCGCUCAGAGCGCUAGCUGCUCUCCUGGAAAGAACGGAGAUGCAGUAAUGCCGGCUGAGGGGCCCCACACCCCGCCCCACAAUGUGUCGGAUUUUGAGAUGGAAGAUGCAGUCAGACCUGGCAGUGCUGUUUCGAGUUACGGGGAUGCAGCUGAUUUCGAUAAGAUUGGAAGUGCUGUAGGAUUUAUCUUCUCUGCUGAUAAAACCUUUGAUCCAAAUCACAUAAAAGACUUGUGCAAAGCGAAUGUUGAUGACGACGUCUUGAUCUAUAAUCAAGUGGCCGAAGAAGCAUACCAAAAUUUUGAGAAAGUCAACCACCCAACGGCUUCGCAACAACCUCUACAAGAUCUAGUGAAGAAAGAAGAAGCCGAUUCCCCUUCCGAGGAGGAGAGCACCGCCCCGACCACCGCCACAAUUCAAGAUCCGAGUGCAGAGGGAGAAGCCGGUGCUGCUUCCCAAGAAGCACAUCUGAAGCCCUGCUAUGCUGGAAAGCGAAGAGGGAGAAAGCCGAAGAGGCGGCGACGAGGGGCCUCAAUCUCUGCUUCAAAUAUCUUGCGAGAAAGGAUUCAAAAAAGGAAGCUAUCCAAGAAAACUAGUUAGCUGCUGUAACCUAUCGAGGUGCUUCGACAAUGCGCUCGCGUUUGUUUUCGCCUUCCUACUUUGCUAGGUACCAUCAAUAAUGUAGAGAAGAGAGCUUCAAAAUCUGCAGCUCAGGUUGUGAGAAAUAAAGUUUUUGGAUUUAGGCAGCAAGAGAAAUUCUACUGGGGUUUCGAAUUCUAUUCCGUGUAAUCGGUUUCCGAGACUAAAGCAAUCGCGGCCUUCGUGUGAGCCUGUAACUAUUGGUGUGUUCCGAAAGGGAUCAGUAGAUUGUUCAAGCAUUACAUGUUGAAUCAAGAACUACUUGAGAUUCUUUCCUGUAACUAUUAGGUUACUUGAUGUUUUGUUGCCUCAGAUUUAUGCUUUGAGAGAAGAUUGAUCUCAUUAAGAUGUUGUAAUGUUAGCCAUUCAUCAUUACCCUCUCAAUUAAGUAUUGCAUUGUAAUACCUACCAAAUAUUCUAAACAGUAAUCAUAAAAUAGCUUUAACGUUUACCCA